AUAUCCGGAUGUCACUGUUACCAUUGGCCAAAUGGAAGUCAUAUGGACAAACCAAGCAUCGAUGUCACGGAGUGAACAUUCAUAAACAUAUUUAUCAUCAUGCACGUUCAGGUUGAUGUAAGUUGAACUGUAGUAAAUGAAAAUGGCUAAUUGUCACUUUUGUUGGUGUAACAGGUGAGGUGCUAAUUGUAAUCAUCAAUAAGAUUCUACCUAGGUAUAGAAUUUCGAAGGAAUGGUUUCAUCGAUAGUGGUGUUGUGUUGGGAGAGGAAAGGAGUGCUGUGCCAUGGUUGAAGUAUAAUGGAAUAGUCUUACAUGGCCCAACUACGAUAAGUGGAACAACAUCGGUGGAUUAUUCAGUGUUUUUUGUUACGUUAUAAUAAUUAAACAAGCUUAUGUGAUAGUGACGGUUUUCCCAGGAUCUAGCAAGACUCAUGUGUUCUUUCCACGACUUCCAGAAAGAUGUUAUCGUCGCAUUGCAGUCCGAAAUGACAGAUAAAGCAGCAUCCAGUAUUUGUCCCUUCAGCAGUACGCACAUGUUAAGAUUUCAUCUAUAACCAGACAACAUGGCUUCUGGUACAUCUUCGCUAGACAGCGCCGGGAGCAGCGAUGGAGCACUUAACAUAGAAAGGGAUAGUGGAGGCUACGGCAGUGUUGGGAGUCCUGUCGGUGGGUCCGAGUGUCGUAGUGAUUAUGAUGGCUUGCAGGCCCAAUGUGAUCCAGCUAUGCAUCAACUUCAGCUGCUUAGGCAUAAGCACUCCGAUACCAUUCGACGCUGUGAGCAUACUAUGAAAGAAUUGGAAUACUAUCGAGGACAACAUAGGGCAGCCAUGAAUCAGCUAGAGGCAACAGCCCAAGAAAGUUCCACCCUGAGAGGAAAAUAUAGUGACAUGGUCAAUGAUAAGCAGCGACUGGAUCGCGAGGUUCAAGCUUUACAGAAAGAAGUAUCUGAGUUACGAUGCCAAAAUCAGGAAGUUUUAGUGACAGAUGCAACCAAUACUGAUGCUAUGAACCAGCAUUACUUAUCAGCACUCAGAAAAUAUGAGGCAAUCAAAGAUGAAUAUGACUCUCUGAGGAAGAGGUAUGAUGAUCUCAUAUCAUCACACUCAUCAGCAGUGAACAAGUUGGAAUUGGCACAAGAAGGAGCUGCCAGGCUGAAAAAGCAGUGUGAAGAAAUAGCUCAGGAGCGGAUUAGUGCAGUGCGAGAGCGUAACGGAUUAAAACAGCAGUGCACGGCUGCUAUCAGGCAGUGGGAUAUUGCUCUACGGGAAAGGAAUGAAUACAGAGAAGCUCUCGCCAAAGUUCAACAGCAACACGAGGAAGCAGUUAAAGAAAUCAAUCAGGCUAUGGUUGUUCGUAUGAAGGCUAGCAAGGAUAUGAAGCGAUUAACGGAAGAAAGAAAUGCCGCCUUACAGGAAUACAGCCUCAUCAUGGGUGAAAGAGACACUGUUCAUAAAGAAAUGGAAAAACUUGGGGAUGACCUGACCCAAGCCUACAACAAAAUAACACACUUGGAAAACCAGAAUAAGCAGUUUGUUGAAGAAAAAAAGACGCUUUCCUACCAAAUAGAGACUCUGAGGAGGGAAAUAUCAUCCGCCUUGCAUGAUCGUGAUGAGGCUCUCAAAGAGUGCAACGAUCUCCGUCAGAAAUUUGGCGAUUAUUCGGAAGGUUCCAGCAGAGAUUACAAACAUCGAUUGGAACCGCACUCCUAUAACUGUGAGCGAGACAAUGCGAAUAAAGAAGCAGAACGUGAAACGAGUACUCGUGAUUAUGCAAAACGGGAAAAGGAAAGAAUGGAUAAUUUGGAUCAAGCAAACCUUGAGCUGGACAAGCUACGAAAGUCUGUUGAUACUCUACAAGCUGAACUUGAAGAGGCUAUUCAAGAAGCUGAGGUUUCUAAGCGCCGAAGAGACUGGGCUUUUAGCGAAAGAGAUAAAAUUGUUUUAGAGAGAGAAAGUAUUAGAACUUUGUGCGACAGAUUACGAAAAGAGAGAGAUCGUGCUGUUUCAGAACUCGCCAGUGCAUUACGGGAUUCAGAUGAUAUAAAAAAGCAACGAAAUGAAGCCUCAAAGGAAUUGAAAGACCUGAAAGUGAAAAUUGAAUCUGGUGAUCAUGCAUUGAGGUCUAAUCAGUUUGGUCAAAGUCAUAGUCACAGUCAUGAUUCAGCUAUUGAUGCAGAGUUGACGGAAUGGGAAACGCUCACAGUUCAUCUGGACUUAACAAGGUUGUGCCUGGAAUCUGAUCGAGAACUGGGAUUUGUGUUAGUCGGUGGUAGGGAUGAUCCUCAAUAUCCAAAUGACGGAGGGAUCUAUGUUGCCCAAGUAACCCAAGGAAGUGUUGCUGAUGGUAAACUGAGAGUUAAUGAUUGCAUAAUAAGGGUUAAUAAUGUGGAUUGUACGUCAGUCUCAACUCGAAUGGUACUUGAGACAUUAAGAACUAGUAGUGUUAGUCCGGCAACUUUAACUAUUAGACGUCGUCGAUUAGGAAGACGUUCGCUGCGCACUACUCAACUUCCUGUGGGUUCAGUCCCUCAUGGGAUUGCCCUUGAACUUGGAGUUUACAUAUCAAAGAUCUCUCCUGGUAGUCUUGCUGCAAAAGAAGGAAAUUUAGCAGUUGGGGACCGAGUGCUGAAUAUCAACAGUAAACCAAUGGACAGGUUGAAUUCUGCUCAUGAAGCAAUGGCGAUUCUUAAUGACAAUUCUACAGAUGUGCUGACAAUCACGACACUGAAAGGGAUACCACUACCUCCAAGCCCCAGUAAAUCUAUGUCUGCUGAUAAUAAUUUCAGCUCUGAGAAACACAAAAUGGUAAAUAGCUGUUCACAAACCGAACAGGAAAGGUUGAUGCUUAAAACUACUUCCGAAGACUAUGAUAGACGAUAUGUGACAUCCAAUUUUGGGGACAGAAGUGUUUAUAAAGUGUCUAAAUCAGCGAGUGCCGACAAACCAAGUGGUAUUAGUAACGCCUGGGAUAAUAUCAGAGAGAAAAUUGAUAUUGUUCGAGGGCGGAGACAUAGUAAAGAUAGGGAAGAUAAAAAGAAGAGACAUAGCAAUUCUAGUCCAAAUACUUUCGAACAGGAGCAAGAUGCAAUAGCAGAACUUGAUUCUGUGAUAGAGAGCUAUCAUCAGAAAGCCAACAAUGGUGUCCUAAAGAGAAGUAAGAGAAGACCAGAAAAAGUGGAAAAAAAUGGCGGUACUUGGCCAAAAGCGAGAGGUGGUCCACAAAUACAGAACGGUACCGGUACCAUUUUGCAUCCGCGAAAAACCAAAGAAAGGCUUCCUUUGAGCGUACUUUUAAACCAUCCUCCAAAAUAUGAGAGCUACAAUUAUAAUCGUAAUUCAAACCCCAUUCCUGUAGCUACUUUUUCAAAUGUUAGCAACAGGCAUACAGUCUACAAGGCAGUUGAAAGUCCAUUGCCUAAUUUUAGUAAAUCUGGAAAACUGUUCAACCAAAAAUCGUUUUCUCCCGCUGUACAGUUCAAAGAUAUCCAGAUCGACAAAAAGUCUGUAAACGAAUUUGAGGUGAAUGAAAAUCGAUUGAGUGCAGCUCUUGCUCCGUCUGAAACAAGUAUUGACUUCUCUGUGAAGUCAUGCAACAUUGGAAAAGAAUUGGAUUAUUAUACUAAGAAAAAGGCUCAAAAAUAUCUUAGCAACGAUAACCAGAUAGAUUCUAUGCAACAUAAUAGAGUACAUUCGCAACUGUACAGUAUGGGUUCCGCGACAACCGGGCCCAGACAACUAGCUGGUAAUUUUUCUUUUCCUCCUUACACUCAUUCGCAUUCUCAUCCUCACCAGCAAAAUUCCUUACCAUCCAGAUAUCCGUCCCCUCCUUCCUUGCCCUCGGCGCAAUCUGGAGAAUCCAUUGGGCUUCCAGAUCCGAGGUCAUACUGUUUUGAGCCACCUUACAGUCCUGCUACGCAACCGGGGUUUGGUCACUUGCACACUCCAUCUAUGGAUCUACAUUAUCACAAGCCUCCUCCUCACCCCAUGCCCACUACUUUUGACGUACCUGCGUACACCCAUGGCUAUGAGGGAGGAACAUUCCCUAGAAAGAAAGAAAAUCAACGCUUUCGCAUUCCAUCCAACCCCAGUGUCACCUCUAAAAGUAGCGUUGGAAAACUUUCAACUGGGAGUAUAGAACGAACUUCAGACAGAGGUAGCCCAAUGCCUACGUUUCAUGUUGAAGUCUUAAGUCCAGGAACUGGAACAGCUAGAAGAGAUAAUAAGAGGGCCAGCAUGCCAGAAUAUUGCUAUUCACAACCUAGGCCGGCACCGGGGGAGUUGAGACGUGUACACAUUGACAAGUCUGUUGAGCCACUGGGUAUUCAAAUCUCCUGCCUUGAAAGCGGUGGCGUAUUUGUGUCAACUGUUAGCGAGCAUAGUUUAGCUUCCCAAGUCGGCUUACAAAUUGGAGAUCAGUUACUUGAAGUCUGUGGCAUUAACAUGAGAAGUGCUACUUAUCAGCUAGCAGCAAACGUAUUGCGCCAGUGUGGCAAUUCCAUUACUAUGCUGGUGCAAUAUAGUCCAGAUAAAUACAACGAAUUGGAAGGCUCAGCAUCUUCAAGUUCUUCCGAAGCUGGAGCAGAAGGAGGGAGUAGGAGUGGCUCCCCAACACCUUGUAAUAGUCCAGAAGCUCCACGGAAGGUAGCUCAAAGUUUAGAUUCAUCUGAACCCGAGCGAGAUGCAUCAUCUUUGAAUGUCAUGAGAGGGGAUAGAGAAGCUAGGAAUUCAGCGUCGCUAGACAUCAGAAGUACCCAGGACAGAGAUCGAGAUAUUCGAAAUUCGGCUUCCCUGGAUAUUAACGUAAGAAAUCCAGAACUUCGAAAUUCUACUGCGUUAGAUCUAAGAAACAGUACGGCAUUAGAUAGUAUUAGAAAUUCUGCCACCAUGGAGACUUUGCGGAGUGGAAAUAAUACUCUCACCCGCGCGCAAAUAAAUCAAGCAGUAACAACUCUACAACGCCAAAAUGCUACUGUGAGAAGUCCAACACAGGAUGAACAAAGCAGAAAAAGUCCUCCUCCUUCAGAGCCGAGAUAUCUUUUUAUAGAAACUCGUAAAUGUUCAAAUCUUGGUAUCUCACUUGUUGGAGGAAAUGGUGUUGGCAUUUUCGUUCACUCUGUACAACCAGGAUGUUUGGCGGAAGGUGCUGGAUUGCGAACUGGUGAUCGUAUUCUUGAAUAUAAUGGAGCUGACUUAAGACAAGCUACAGCUGAACAAGCUGCACUUGAACUUGCAAGACCAGCAGACAAAGUUACUUUGAUAGCGCAACAUCUACCUGAUCGUUACAACGAAGUUAAGGAUAAGCCUGGAGACAGUUUUUAUAUUCGAGCAAUGUUUGAUCGAGUAGGAGAACUUGGAGAUAGCCUGCAAUUGAGAUUUAACAAAGAUGACGUGUUAUAUGUUGAUAAUACCAUGUUCAAUGGUACACCAGGCCAUUGGAGAGCUUGGCUAGUUGAUCAGGCAGGAAGACGCCAGCAGUGUGGUAUAAUUCCAAGUAAGUUCAAGGUCGAAGAGGAGCUAUUAUUGAGACGGUCCUUGGGCGAUUUGGAAACUGAUGCUGGUAGGCGAGGGACAACAAGCGCUAGGAGAAGCUUUUUUCGACGAAAGAAGCAUCAACGAUCAUCCAGUCGAGACAGUAAAGAAUUGUCUCAACUAACUGGGGUAAACCUUGGCUGGUACAGUGAUAGUGGUACUCUCAAUGAAGAAAACUUACCAGCCAGCUACCAGCGUGUUGAACGUCUUGAUUAUCCAGCGUUGAGGCCAGUACUCAUCAUUGGUCCACUAAGUGAAUGCGUGGCAACAAAACUUCUCCAGGAAUUUCCACGAGAAUUUAUUAGAUGUCUGCCAGAAGCAAUGCAUUGUUCCCAGGCUACUUUGGAGCAGGGCUUGCGUGAUACUCUUUAUAUCGACUAUAGGAAGAAAGGCAGCUACUUCGAAUGUACAACUGUACAGGCGGUUAAAGAAAUAUGUGAAAAGAAUUCGCAUUGUGUUUUGGAUAUAUCUAUUGCUUCUAUCGAACGUUUACAUAGACAUCAAAUAUACCCAAUAGUUUUGCUAAUCAAGUUUAAAAGCACAAAGCAGAUAAAAGAAGUAAAAGAUUCCAGAUAUCCAAGCGAUAAAGUCAGUGCAAAGGCAGCUAAAGAGAUGUAUGAACAUGCUCUAAAAUUGGAGGCAGAGUAUAAGCAUUAUAUUUCCGCUGUGAUACCAGCUGGAGUGAACGUGGCAUACAUAUGUACACAAGUAAAGGCGGCAGUAGAUGACGAGCAAAGCAAAGCCCUGUGGGUUGCCCGCGGAGCGCCCUGACACCAGCGCGGGGGCCCUCGUAAACCACAGUGGAAGUCGAUCUAGUUCCACAGAGAAGGGGUCCUCAUAAAACGUAUGCAUUCACUUUUAUUGGCAUAUUAUUAUUAAUUUUUAUCGAACCUGAUCGACGUAACCGAAGUUAUACAGAACAGACAUCAAUUGAAUCAGCAAUUUGAUUGCGAUGUGUUAAUGGUACCUUCAUCUCUAUUACUUUACUCACAAAGUAAAGUUUCCACGAGAUAACAAACAUAUUUUUUUGGUAUUUAUUUAGAGUUUCGCGACUGAAAUAAGAAUAGGCUUUCAAAUUAUCAUUUCAAUGACUCAUCAAUUCUACGAUUCAAAUCAACUUCAGUUAAUUGUAGAAUGUGAAACGUUUACCAGACAUUUUGCCAUUGGUACGUGUAUUGUUUCUAUAUUUACAAGAGACAUACAGUGGUGAUUUUGACUGCGAAUUUGACAUUCUCCAUCUAUUUAUAUGUUCACUUGAGGAUUUGAUAGCGUCGGAGAACCGGUACUCCCAUUUUUAAUCUCAAGUAUUACAUAAUGGGAAUAGUAAAUCGCAUCGAUACAAUGAGGGUCAUUGACCGUCAAUAAUUACAGGAAAAAAACCCGUUUUAUAUCGGAUUAGUUACAUUGUUUUACGGUAUUUGGUUGUAUAACAAGCAAAACUGUGAUAAAAUUCUACUUCUGAUUUUGGCUAAUGAUCGCUAAGCAUCAUUCUCAAGAUUAGAUACGAUUAUUGCCUUAAUGUAUUGUGCUGACAAGAUUUGUCACCUUGUUGUUCGAAUUUGGAAACCAUUGAAUUAUACUGUUGGGUUGAUUUAGAAAAAAUGUGUCAUCACAUUUUAAUAACUGAUAUUUAUAUAUAUAUUUAACUAAUGAGAAUAUAAUGAAAAAAAGAAGGAAAUUCACAUGGACCAUGUUGCUGUAAUAUUGAAUGGCAGCAAUUAAUAAGCACAGGGAUUAAGUAAAUAAGCGUAGUGGCAAUUAAGCAAUGAAGAAUUGGUAGCAAUGAAUCACCACGUACAAAGGAUUUGAAGCAAUAGAGAAGGAGGGAUUAAUAUUCAAUCAACAGUUCCUGAUUCUAAUUUGUAAAUAUGUAAUGGGAAGAUCAAUAUUGCUGAAGAUAAGUAAUGCCGUUCAACUCUUCAUAGAUAUUUUUAGCAGAUGCGGAAAAAUGGAGAAAAAUGGGUUUCACCAGUAGCAUGAUACAAGGCUGUAAUGUGUACAGUUACACAAUAAAGUUUGUGCUACAUGCUGCGGGUUGAAUGCAUCUCGCUCGUGAUACAAACUUUAUUGCUUGAUAUUUGAAAUUGAAAUAGUUCAAGAUAUUUCGCCGUUCAUGCCCAACUGCGAUUGAACGAUUUUAGCUAAAUCUUUUAUCUCGUAUCUUGUGGUCCGUAUCAUUAGUCCAGUUAUACUGGACGUUGCUCCAUGUUCCAGCUGCAACUCUUUUUUUUGAAAUUUGUAUUAUAUUACGCUGAGAAUAAUACCGAGCUUAUAUGUUGAUAUUCACCACAAUAAGAUCUAAGUGGCUACAAUCAAGCUUUAACCGUUAAUUUAUUUUUUAUGCCGUCUUAUGUUCUUAAGCCGUUAAGUUAUUAGCUGUGGGGCUCCUUAUGUCGCAUGAAUCGAAGAUAAAAUUUGUAAAAAAAUGUGUCGUGUACUCUUCUAUUUUUUUUUUCCUUUUCGUGAAAAUUUAGUUUUCUAAUCAGACAAUAUUUAGGCAUAAGUUCACCCAGACCAAAAAUUACAAGGAUAUAAUAAUUAAUAAGGGUAUUAUUAAUCAUGUUCGCAUUGGCAAUCGACAACAAUUUAUGAAGUGAUAUUCAGUGGAGCGGCGAUGCGGCUUCAUUACAGCCCAAUUGAUCUUAAAUCGUGAAAUUAGGAAAAAAGAACAAAUCACUGGCAUAUAUGAGGUUUUGCAUAAAACGUUUGUCUGUGUCUAACUGACUUGAAUCUCGCGACUGUUCUUCCUGAUUAAAAUACCAACCAUUUCGUUAUCCAUAUAUCAGGCUGCGAGACAUUCGUUACUUAGUGCUUUUAGUUUUGCUAUGCCACAGAUACGUUGAACCUAAGCAAGUCUGAUUUUAUUGAAAUAAGUAAUUGUAAAGUUAGGCACUGACAGCUCAAUAACAGUGAUUAUAAAUAAUAUGAUCACCGUGUUGCAGAUACUGCAACAACAACAUAUCAUCUUAACAAUGUUUACCCAUAUAUAUCACGCAUGUUUUGGGCAAUCCAUAGCUAAUAAUUAUAUAUUUGCAUAUACAAAUACUACAGUAGGUCCAGAAUACAUGUCUAUACAUUGAAAUAGAGUAAACACUAAUAAGCCCAAUAAAUUAAUAUAUCGAUCACAUAGGUAGUCGCAAUUUGCACUGACAAUAGAGGACUGGUAUUCAUUAAAGCAUUGAUGGUGAUAUAUUGUAGCUAAAGGGGCUAAGGGCGUUGACUUUAUCGUAGGAAUAUCAAACUGAUUAGAUUGUCUUUGAAUUCUUGCCACUUGAGUCACGCCUGGUCUUUGGUAGUACGUCUAUUUUUACGGCUUCACAUCUAUGUAUUGUUUAACUAUUUUGUAGAGACUUUUCUUUCUUCUUAAUAUUUCUUAUGUUUGGCACGCUGUCAGUAACUUCAGCUGAUUAAUAAUAAUCCGUCUUUGAUGUUAGGUCCUGGUUUUCAAACUCCUUUCUAACUAGCACUCUGACCAGCACCAAUAAGUAAUCUGUUGUAAGAAUUUGCAAUCAUCCCUUUUUCUUUCGGUGAAUCAUGAUUGAUUUCUUCUUUGGUAUUCCCAGUAUUGCCUUUCAUCUUGGUAUCGUCACUAUCUUCCUCUUCAGAUAAUUUUAUCAUCCACCUGCUAUUGUCUGGUUCUCAAGUCUAAUGCAAUUUCAGUGUUCCCUCUGCGUUUUGGUCUCUGGCACCAUGCAGCUAAUGUUAUUUUUCUCAAGCUAAUUAAGGACCGACAACUCUGUAAGUUUUGUCUGGCUAAUUAUUGAUUUGAUUAUAUAACAAGACAAAAUAGUAAGAAUAAUUUUUUCAAAGCAAUAAUCUGCUCCAUAAAUCGGGUGAAAGAUGAAUAUUUUUCGUAUAAUAAUGUCAUUGAAUAUAUGAAACAAAGCCAAUAAAUCUGCAAUAUAUUUCAACAAUGAAAAAAAAAAAAUAGGUGCUCAAGUAACGCACUCUUUAGAGUAGCACGAUCUUUGUAAUAUUUCACAAAGAAAGCUAACGCUGUUCAUCAGCCACUACCGUUUUUGUGUUCCUAUGAUGUGCUCUUGUUGUAAUCUGUAUACAUGAUAUCCAUAACAUUCAACUAGGCUGUCUCGGUGCAUUCAUAAUAAAUGAUGUUACCUGAAAUUUGAGUAACGUAUUUGCGAAGGGAUAAUAAUUCAUGGAUUUACAAUUUUUACUGCGAUGCGUUUUAAUAUGAAUUAAUAUUACUAUAUUAUACCACACUAUAUGCUAAGACACUAUGAGAGUAUUUGAGAUGAAUUUUUCGAAGUUUUUUCCUGCAAUGGUUUUGAUACCAAAUGUUUUUAGCACGUAUUUAUAAAUAUUUAUAUUUAUACACAGCUUCUUUAUAUAAUAUAUAUUUGACAUUGAUUCAUAUACAGUAAUCUUAGGUAGUAUUGUUGAAAAAGGAGGUUGUUUUAAGCAAUUUCUGCUCUAAGUGGAUGCCCAAUAAUAGUAUUAACGUUCAACGUUUAUCAUUGUUUCAUUUCUUUUCUUCUAUAGAACAGCAUUUAUAUUGUGCGUAUAUAACGUGUUCAAAGUGUACGAGAAUUACAUGCAAUUGUUGUUAUAGAAAACGGAUACUCACUGGCUAAUGUUCCAGGAUCAAAAGUGGUAAGAAAAUUCAAAAUUUUGAAUUUUUCUCUUACUUUGUCUUUUAUAUUAGUGAAACUAAUAACAAGAGCCAUUAAAAUAACAUUACAUUUUGAGACAUGUAAUCUAUAUUCACAUCGAUAUUAUAAUAUUCUUCAGAGAUAUUCAAUAUUUAGAAUUUUAUAGGAUAAUUUUUAUGACGAUAGGCAGCUUUAGUUUGUAAUAUCAUUGUUAUUAUAUUUUACCUACUAAGUUAAGGAAUAUGGUGUAUAUAUAUCAUAAUUUAAAUAAUAGUAUUAAAACAAUGAAAUAACAAGAAA